UCAGCUGUGUCCAAUCACAGCUGAUCACAUCUGUCACGCUGACAGAAGAGAGGAGAGGAGAGCCGGUAAUCUGCUUUCCACGGAGGGGACAUGUACACUGAACAUCAGGGCACUGAUGAUCAGUGUGCCCUGAUGAUCAGUGUAGCCCCAGCGGUGCCACCUGUCAGUGUCCAUCAGUGCCACGUGCCAGUGCCCAUCAGUGCCACAUCAAUGCCACAUAGUGCAUACCAGUGCACAUCAAUGCCACAUAUCAGUGUCCAUCUGAGCUGCCUUUCAGUGUCACCCAUCAGUGCCAGUCAGUGCCACCUAUCAAUGCCAAUCAGUGCCACCUAUUAGUGCCAGUCAGUGCUGCUUAUCAGUGCCAUGUAUCAGUGCUGCCUUUCAGUGCCCAUCAGUGAUGCCUGUCA